AUGUUCCGGCCCAGCAGAAGUGGCUUCCGCCAGAAGUGGACUGGCCUCACGUUGAAGGGUGCUCUAUACGGAUCAUGGAUCCUGGGCGUGUUUCCCUUCACCUACGAUAGCUGGACAAGGACAUUUCGUCGUUCCAAGUGGUUAAUUGCGUAUGGCUUUGUUCUGAAUGCGGCAUUCAUUCUGCUGGUCGUUACCAAUGACACGGAGACCGAAACUCCGCUGAGAAUGGAGUUAUUCCACAGAAACGCACUGGCCGAGCAGAUCAAUGGCAUUCACGACAUCCAGAGCCUGUCAAUGGUGUCAAUAAUGCUGCUGAGAAGUUUCUGGAAGAGCGGCGAUAUCGAGAGGAUACUAAACGAGCUGGAGGACCUGCAGCAUCGCUACUUUCGUAAUUAUUCCCUGGAGGAGUGCAGAAGCUUCGAUAGCUUCGUCCUGUACAAAGGCUUCUCUGUGGUCCAAGAGCUAGUAUCCAUGCUGGUCUUGGAACUGGGCAUGUCACCAAACUACAGUGCACAGUUUUUCAUUGGACUCGGCAGUAUGUAUUUCAUAAUUCUGGCAGUUCUCCUGGCAGCCUCACACUUUCACCUGGCCGUGGUCUUUGUCUACCGAUAUGUGUGGAUUGUAAAUAAGGAGCUACUCAAGCUAGUUAACAAACUGGCGAUUGGGGAGAGUGUUGAGUCUGAGAGGGUGGACCUUUUGCUCUAUCUGUACCAUCGCCUAUUGGAUCUCAGCCAGCGUCUGGCAUCCAUCUAUGAUUAUCAAAUGGUCAUGGUGAUGGCCAGCUUUCUGAUCGCCAACGUGCUGGGCAUCUACUUCAUCAUAAUCUACUCCAUUAGUCUAAACAAAAGCCUGGACUUUAAAAUUAUCGUCUUCGUUCAAGCGCUGGUCAUUAACAUGCUGGAUUUUUGGUUGAACGUUGAGAUUUGCGAGUUGGCAGAAAGAACUGGGAGACAAACUUCCACCAUUCUUAAGUUGUUCAAUGACAUUGAAAGCAUAGAUGAGAAACUAGAGAGAAGUAUCACGGACUUUGCAUUAUUUUGCAGCCAUCGCCGGCUGAGAUUCCACCAUUGCGGCUUGUUUUACGUGAACUACGAGAUGGGUUUUCGCAUGGCCAUCACCAGCUUCCUGUACCUGCUGUUCCUCAUCCAGUUCGAUUUUUGGAACCUGUGAAGAUAGCCCAUUAAAAGCGCUCCCUGGAAGAGUCCUCUAAUUGGUUCGCACUUCUUUGUGUCGUCUGGAGUUGAGGGUCCUUAAA